UGGGCCAGUGGGCUUGGGAGCAGUUGCCUUUGGGGGAUGCCCCUCAUUCCUUUGCUGCCUGCCUCCCAUGCAGGUGUGGCGUCAGGCUUCUGCUUCUCGGGGGUGAGGUAGACAGCGGGAGGUGGAAGGAUGACGUCAGCCCCCUCCGCACCUGGUCCCAGCCUCGGCACCGUGUGUUUUUGGUGGAGUCUGCAGAGCUCUGGCCCACAUAGAGGGUCCCCGACAAGUGCCCCUCCCCGUCGCCUGCCUGCUCCUCAGCCUGCUGGCGGUGGAGGGGGCCGGAAGGGAAUGUUGCUGAGUCCUGGGGACUCCCCAGGACCAGGGAAGCAGAGGCUCUCCAGAAGGCUCCGGAAUCUCCCGGGAGUGUCCUCGCCCGGCAGCGAUGCCAGGAUGCCUGUCUCUGCCUCCCUCCGCCACGAUGGCAGCCAGGAGCGUCCCCCAAGCCUGACCUCCACCACCUCCUCGUCGGGCUCCUCCCGUGACAGCCGCGGUGCCAUGGAGGAGCCCAGUGGUUCCGAGGCUUCAGCCCAGAACGGGGCAGGCUGUCCGCGCAGCCGGCACCCUUCCAACAGCAAUAACAACUCCAGCGGCUGGCUGAACAUGAAGGGGCCCCUGUCCCCAUUCAACAACCGGGCUGCGGCCGCGCCUGCGCAUAAGCUCAGCUACCUGGGCCGCGUGGUGCGGGAAAUCGUGGAGACCGAGCGUAUGUACGUGCAGGACCUUCGCAGCAUUGUGGAGGACUAUCUCUUGAAGAUCAUUGACACACCUGGGCUGCUGAAGCCAGAACAAGUCAGCGCCCUUUUUGGGAACAUAGAAAGCAUUUAUGCACUGAACAGUCAGCUACUCAGAGACCUGGACAGCUGCAAUAGUGACCCCGUGGCUGUGGCCAGCUGCUUUGUGGAACGGAGCCAAGAGUUUGAUAUCUACACCCAGUAUUGCAACAAUUACCCCAACUCAGUGGCGGCCCUGACAGAGUGCAUGCGAGACAAGCAGCAGGCCAAGUUCUUCCGGGACCGGCAGGAGCUGCUGAAGCACUCGCUGCCCUUGGGCUCCUACCUGCUGAAGCCAGUCCAGCGCAUCCUCAAGUACCACCUGCUGCUCCAGGAAAUUGCCAAAUAUUUUGAUGAAGAAGAGGAUGGCUUUGAGGUGGUGGAGGAUGCCAUUGACACCAUGACCUGUGUGGCCUGGUACAUCAAUGACAUGAAGAGGAGGCAUGAGCAUGCAGUCCGGCUCCAGGAGAUUCAGUCACUGCUUAUCAACUGGAAGGGACCAGACCUGACCACCUAUGGGGAGCUCGUCCUGGAGGGCACAUUCCGUGUGCACCGAGUACGCAACGAAAGGACCUUCUUCCUCUUUGACAAAGCGCUGCUCAUCACCAAGAAGCGGGGCGAUCACUUUGUCUGCAAGGAUCACAUCCCGUGCUCCUCCCUGAUGCUGAUCGAGAGCACCAGAGACUCCCUGUGCUUCACCGUCACCCACUACAAGCAUGGCAAGCAGCAGUACAACAUCCAGGCCAAAACAGUGGAGGAGAAACGGAGCUGGACUCACCACAUCAAGCGGCUCAUCCUGGAGAACCACCACACCACCAUCCCCCAGAAGGCCAAGGAAGCCAUCUUGGAAAUGGACUCCUAUUAUCCCAGUCGGUACCGCUAUAGCCCAGAGCGCAUGAAGAAGGCUUGGUCCUCCCAGGACGAGGUGUCCGCCCACGUGCACCAGGGACGUCGGCAGUCUGAGCCGGCCCGACACCUGCUGAGGCAGCUCAGCGAGAAAGCAGCCAGAGCAGCAGGAAUGAAGCAUGCGGGCAGUGCCGGCACUCUCCUGGACUUUGGGCAGCCUCCCCGUACUCGGGACCUGCAGCCGGAGGCUGAAGGGGCCGCCCUGCAGGAACAGGAAGAGGAGGAGGAGGAGGAGGAAGAGGAGGUGGUGGAGGAGGCCUUUCAGGUCUCUCUGGAGGACCUGGCAAGGCAUGAAGGCAACGAGAAGGGGGCUGGGCCGGAGCCUCCAGGCUCAGAGGAGGAGGAGGAGGAGGAGGAGAGCCUGGCGGUGGCGGAGCAGGUAGCCGACUUCGCCAGCUCCCUGCUGGCUGCCCUCCACUGCUGGCACUAUCGGGCCAACGCUUUACUUUUCUCCCGGGGUGCUAUGGGGAAGGGUCGCAGGGAGUCUGAAGACCCCAGGAGCUGCAGAAGGCCUAGUGGCCGGUCUCCAGCCUCUGCUGAGAAGCGCAUGAGCUUUGAGUCCAUCUCUUCCCUGCCAGAGGUUGAACCAGACCCUGAGCCUGAGGCGGAGCAAGAGGUGUUUGCUGCUGUGGAAGAUCCCAGCACCGAGGAAAUACCCUCAGACACAGAGUCUCCAGAAGUCCUGGAAUCACAGCUUGACACCCACCAGGGGCUAUUGGGGCUGGACCACCCAGGUGACCUGGUGGACUUUGUUGUGGCUGAGAACACCGAAGACCUUAAGGCCCUGAGCAGUGAGGAGGAGGAAGAGGAGGACAUGGGUGCCCAGGAGCCUGAGAGUCUCCUGCCACCCUCUGUGCUGGACCAGGCCAGUGUCAUUGCUGAGCGAUUCGUCAGCAGUUUUUCUCGGCGGAGCAGCCUGGCACUGGAGGACGGCAAGUCUAGUGGCUUUGGGACCCCACGGCUGACCAGCCGGAGCAGCAGUGUGCUCAGCCUGGAGGGCAGCGAAAAGAGCUCAGCCCGGUGUGGCAGCACCACAGAUUCUCUCAGCUCUCAGCUCCCCCACGAAGUGGACAUCAGUGUUGGGGUGGCCAUAGAGAGUGGCCCUUCUGUCAAUGGGACAGAGCCACCAAGCCCAGGCUGCCCGGCGGAGCCUGACAGAUCUUCCUGCAAGAAGGAAUCGACUCUCUCCACUCGAGACCGGCUGUUGCUAGACAAAAUUAAGAGCUACUAUGAAAAUGCAGAGAACCACGAUGCAGGCUUUAGCAUCCGGCGCCGGGAGAGCCUCUCCUACAUCCCCAAAGGGCUGGUGAGAAACUCGGUCUCCAGAUUCAACAGUCUUCCCAGGCCAGACCCAGGGCCAAUGGCUCCGCCGGGGCAGAAGAGACAGGUUGGCUCCCGGCCAGCCUCCUGGGCCCUGUUUGAUCUUCCAGGACCAGGGCAGGUGGGCGCUAGGGAACCAGCUCCUAUCACAGAUGCUGAGUUCCGUCCAUCUUCAGAAAUUGUGAAGAUCUGGGAGGGAAUGGAGUCUCCUGCGGGGAGCCCUCAGAAGGGGCCAGCUCAGGGCCAAGCCAACGGCUUUGACCUGCAUGAGCCGCUCUUCAUCCUGGAGGAGCACGAGCUGGGGGCCAUCACCGAGGAGUCGGCCGCUGCCUCCCCAGAGAGUGCCUCCCCCAUCAAGAGGCCCAGCCCUGCCCACCUGGCCCGGGAGCUGAAGGAGCUGGUGAAGGAGCUGAACAGUAGUGCCCAGGGAGAGCUGGUGGCCCCACUGCACCCUCGAAUUGUGCAGCUUUCCCAUGUGAUGGACAGUCAUGUGAGCGAGCGAGUCAAGAACAAGGUCUACCAGUUGGCCCGUCAGUAUAGCCUCCGGAUCAAGAACAAGUCGGUGGCAGCCAGGCCACCAGUGCAGUGGGAAAAAGCUCCCGCUAUUCCCCACCUGCAGGAGGAGGCCGGAGCAGCACCAGGCAGCAGAGGUAAGAGAAAGCUGGUGCUGUCCCUCAGCUAUGAGCAGAUGACAGCCCAGGAGCACAGCCCGCCCAAGCCCUGCUCUGCCCAGGACGUGUUGCCACAGCGUUUCUCCUUCAGCCCUUCUGCUACCAGCCCAAGCACCACCUUGCCCGGGGUCCGGCCGUCUACUCGAAGCCCCCUCAGCCCACUUGACACCGAGACCUUCAACUGGCCAGACGUUCGUGAGCUCUGCUCCAAGUACACCUCGCAUGAUGAGGUGUUCCAGGCAGAGGGUAGCCGGCCCCGUGGCCCACCAGUCAACAGGAGCCGCUCUGUGCCGGACAACAUCGUGGAGCCAGCUGUGUCUGGCAGGGUGGGCCGCUGCUUCAGCCUCAACACAAAGAGGGGCCGGGCAGGCCCAGAGGCCCCCCAGCCCCAGCCCCCUGGGGGGUUGCGCCAAAGUCAGCCUGAUGGAGAGGAGGCCCUGUACGUCACUGCGGACUUCCCCCUGGAGAACAGUCGGCGUGUGAUUGUCAUGGAGAAGGGGCCCCUGCCUGGCCCUGCCGCCAGCCUGGAGGAGGGUAGCAGGCAGGUACUGAACUCAGCAGCAGCCGUGGUGGGGCAGGGCCAGGAUUUCCAGGAGCCUGCAGAUUAUCGGUCGAAGGAAGACGGUCCCAAGGACCCUGUGGACCCAAGCCAGCAGGGCAGAGUGAAAAACCUGAGGGAGAAAUUCCAGGCCUUGAACUCUGUAGGGUGACUCUGAGGACUGGGGGAAGGAGGCUGUGCUGGGGUGGGGGAGGAACCCUGGCCUACUUGUUAACAAGCCUGGGCUCAUCCUGUGCAUUCGAGCCCCACCCGGAGCCCGCAGUAGGCUGUCCCCCUGGAAGAAGCUCUGGUGUACUUGCAAGUGUCUUCACCUGCUGUGCAUGAGCCGGUGCUCCCGCAGGCUCACAGCAACUUUCCACAGGCCCAGGCGAGCCCCCCUUCCCUCUGAGGCCAGUGUGACUACUUCCCUUGUAUAUAGUUCCUCUCUGGUCAGAAGCCGAAUAUUUAAGCUCACUUCCUCCCAGCGAGAGCCAGCCCCUGCUCAGGCCUCCAGCAUUGGUCGGCCACAGCAUUGGUUGGCCACAGCGCAUCCAGAGGAGCUGUGGGCAGGUGGCUGGGGAGGCUUUGCUCUUUGUGCCUCUUAGGAUGCAGGCAGGAGUGAGACCCAUAAUUUAUUGCUUUCUGUUCUGUGGUAUGUUUGUGUGUGCACGCGAGUGUGUGUUCUGUUGAUUUCCCCUCCCUUGAAGAAUGUAAUGGACUCAGUUCAGGUACUUCUGUGGGUUGCCUUGCUGACCCUGUGGUUGUCGCUAAUGUAUACACAUUUCAUUAUUUGCCAAUGGUGCAAUAACCACUCUGACCCACUGA